ACUUGAAAAAAGAAUGAAAAGCAAUAUAAAUGCGCGAAGAAACACACAACACACAGUAGGAGUUGCGAAAUAGAGCCGUGAGAGUGAGAGACGCCACACGCCCCCUUAUUUCCUGUCCAUUUGCAGCACCAAAUCGCCAGCUUCAAACAAUACAAAUUAGAGAGGGGCCACUUUCCCCAGUUCUUGAAUUUGCCCCUUCCCUCCCUCACCAACCCUUCAAUUUGUACGCUAAAUUACAACUCACCAUCUACAGCAACAAUCCAAACCUCUUUCACUCAUCUCCCCCAUUCUUUCCUUGAUCUUUCAGUCGCUUCCUCAAUUCAAAUAGAAAUUUGCAUGUAUUGCCCCCGUUGUUAAAUGUAAAAGUUAAUGCAACCGCCAUUUUUCUCUCCGUCAGCUUUCUUGAAAUACACUCUUUCCUCGGUUUCAUCGAACAUCCCUUUUUGAUUCUUCAUAUAUUUUCGUCCUUAUAUAAAUAAUGGCCUCCACAGCAUAUCACCAAGCAGUUGUGACUCUUCAAUCUCGCGGUUACUUCAGUGACUCUUGCCUCAAUCAGGAGAAUGGAAUCGCUUCAUUUAGGUUGAUUUCAAAAGGUGUCAAGCUAGAUAUUGCUUUGACAAGAAGAGAAACUUAUUGCUCUAGGAGGCGAAGUGUCCCUGUGACUCAGGCAUCGGCCUCACACACCACUGCGGUCCCUGACCCAGUUUUGUCUCCAUCAAGCGGCACCUCAAGUGACUCCAAGAAGAAAUCAAAUGAAGCUGCACUAAUUCUGAUCAGGCAUGGGGAGUCUAUGUGGAAUGAGAAGAACCUCUUCACAGGUUGUGUUGAUGUGCCACUCACCAAGAAGGGAGUGGAAGAAGCUAUCGAAGCCGGCAAAAGAAUCAGCAACAUACCGGUCGACAUGAUCUAUACUUCUUCGUUAAUUCGUGCACAGAUGACUGCUAUGCUUGCAAUGACUGAACAUCGUCGCAAGAAGGUUCCAAUUAUUUUGCAUGAUGAGAAUGAGCAAGCGAGAGCAUGGAGCCAAAUUUUUAGUGAAGAUACUAAAAAACAAUGCAUUCCAGUUGUCACUGCUUGGCAGCUAAACGAAAGAAUGUAUGGAGAACUACAGGGUCUGAAUAAGCAAGAAACAGCCGAUAGAUAUGGAACCGAACAAGUCCAUGUGUGGCGACGCAGUUAUGACACACCUCCUCCAAACGGCGAGAGUCUGGAAAUGUGUGCUGAGAGAGCUGUCGCGUACUUCACGGAAUUUAUUCAGCCCCAGCUUUUGUCUGGGAAGAACGUGAUGAUUGCGGCCCAUGGAAACUCACUGAGGUCCAUUAUCAUGUAUCUGGACAAGCUGACUUCUCAAGAGGUCAUUAGCUUGGAAUUAUCAACUGGAAUACCGAUGCUUUACAUUUUUAAAGAGGGAAGAUUUAUUCGCAGAGGUAGCCCUGUGGCACCAACUGAAGCUGGUGUUUAUGCUUACACUAAGCGCUUGGCUCAAUACAGGCAGAAGUUAGAUGAAAUGUUUCAAUCCUGAUGGAGAUAUGAGAUCACCGGUAUAUGAUUAUCAGAGUAUGUGUUCCAAUAAAUUUCUUAGUAAACAUAUCAGAAUCCUGGAAGAAGCACAGUCGCAAUCGUGCUCUCUGCUUGAUGUUGUGCUGAUCUAUUAUCCGUGGAUCUGUUUUCUUUUCGCUAGCAGCUUUAGUGUCAUAUUUUCUUGAUUGAUUGUUGUAUCUGAACCUAUGAGAACUUUGAAAAAAGAGCACUUCUUAAGAAUGUUGUACCAUGUAGUUACAGAACUUCUGUACAAGAUCUUAUUUUUGUAUAUUUGUAUUGGAACUCCUUACGGCAUAUGUAUUGUGCAAUAAACAAAGUGGUUGAUGCCUUACACAA